AAAGAAAAAUACUCGUUUCAUUGCAGAAAAAAAAGUCAUCUCGCAAUGUCGAACACAACGUACGAUGAGUUAUGGCGCGAGGCUCAGACGCUCCUCGAAGACGUUGUCCAGAUCGACUCAUCCGUCCAGUCGAUCAGAUCAGUGCGAGAACGUGCCGAAGCUCGAAGCCAACUGGCCGACCUGUACAUUCGCUACAUCGCCAUCGGGAACAAGCUCGAGGAGUGUUACGACCAGGUGGUCCAGCCACAGAAGAGGCCACUGCUACGCCGACUCCUGGACUCGACUUACGGACGAGUUCUGGAGCUGAAACACGAACUCGUGGAGGUCGAGCUGUCCGAGUACAAUUACUGCGACGACGCGUUGCUCAGACGCCGACUGACACCGGACGAAUCCGAGCUGAGGGUCCCGAGAUACUUCAGGAGAGAAAGAGAGAAGGAGAUAGAGUCGAGGAGAAAGUUCAUCGAGGAGACGCUCAGGAGUCUGGGUGAGCUCGAAGAAAAGCCGGAACCCAAGAAGAUGACGGAGUUGGAAGCCAUCCGGUUGCUACAGGCUCACGAGCGAGCGAGGCAAGGUCGCGUGCGAUUUCAAUUCAUGAAAGAGAUCCUCGAGAUGAAAGAGAGGUCGACGAUCAGAUCGGAGCCGAAAGAACCGGAUACGGCGACCGGAAUCGCGGCUGCCGUCAAGAUACAAAAGGUCUGGCGUGGAUACGUUACCAGGCGUAAGAUUCGUCAGCGCAAACUCGACGAAAUGCUUUUGAUAGGCAUGUUGCAGCCGUGUCAGACCAUAUCGGAAAACACGAAGAGGUUGGAGAAGAUCGAGAAAGAGAGGUACGAGAAGCAAAGGGAGUUUCAAGAAGUCUUCGACGCGUACACGGUCGAAGCGAAAGAGCGAAUAAAGCUGGAGAAGAGCGCCAUCAUGGAAGAAAACAUGAGGAUCGAAAUUAGGAACUGGAUAAGCACUUACUAUCAGCAGACGGGGAAAAUUCCAGAGCUGCCGUCGGCCGAAAGCGGAGGCUCUAGGAUGAUCUUCAGUCGGCAGGACACGGAGAGUUCGAUGAGCAAGUCGACCGGCGUGUCGUCGUCGAAGGAGUCGAAACGCUCGAAGAAGUCGGGGAAAGCGAAGAAGGAAAGCGAAGCCGAGCAGCAAUCGGAGCCCGAGUCGGAAAUCGGCUUCAAGCCGAUGCCCUCGAACUUCUUGCCCGAGCUCGUCCAGGCUAAUCAGGAGUACCAGGAGAUCUGGCGCGACAAGGACGAGUCGGCGAACCUCGAGCAGGAGCCCUACUACGAUAUGAUCGACGCCGAAAAGACGAGAGAAGUGGAGAACGAAAUCAGAGUCGUCGUGGAUCAAGCAUUGAGAGCCGACAUAGAAGCUUUGCAAGCUGCUCUCGACAGAGACAAGGGCUACAAGGGAAAACGCGCGAAAAAGGCACAAAAGCGAGUUCGCCGCAGCGGCAAAAAGAACAAACGGAAGAAAGAGAAGGAUUUGACUCCCGAUCGAACUACCGAGUCCCUUUUCCAAGAGUUAUUGCAGCAGGGUAUCAUAAAACUUUACCCGGAAGUGCGCAUCGACAGCUUCAAAGGGCAGAACUCGUUCGCCAACUUCGAUCUCCGGGAAAAGGGGAAAGAUCCUCUUCCAGCGAUAGGCGAUGUAAGACAAAUCAUAAACGAAUACUGCAUUUUGCCACUGGGCAACGAAACUCUCCGGGAACUAACGCCGCUCGUAAGGUCAGUCCUCAUAGCUGGCCCUCAGGGCAGUGGAAAAAAGAUGCUGGUACACGCGAUAUGCACCGAACUCGGAGCGACGCUUUUCGACAUCACACCAGCCAACGUAGCCGGCAAGUAUCCAGGAAAAUCAGGCCUCAUCAUGCUGCUUCAUUUGAUCUCAAAAGUUUCUAGAUUGCUGCAGCCGUCUGUAAUAUUCAUGGAAGGCGCUGAGAAGCCGUUUGUGAAGAAAGUGCCGAAAACCGACAAGACUGAUCCUAAAAGACUGAAAAAAGAUUUGCCAAAGCUCAUAAAAAAUAUCACGAACGAGGAUCGUGUUAUUCUGAUCGGCACAUCUCGUAGCCCUUGGGAGGGUGAUCAGAAGCUGCUUUACCAAACUUACGACAAAGUUGUUUUUAUUCCCAGGCCGGAUUACGGCUCCAUGUCUUUGAUCUGGAAAAAUCUCCUCUACAAGUAUUCGGGCAUUAGUAGACAGUUUGACACGUCGGAGAUGGCUAAAAUUUGCGACGGUUUUACAAUUGGCACCGUCAUGUCAGCCAUCAGCGAAGUGAUGACGACGAAACGAAUGGUUCAAUUGAGAGUCCAGCCACUGACGCAUAUCGAACUGAUUAACGCUCUGAGCUUGAAGGAUCCCGUUUAUCGCGAGGAGGAAGACGCGUUUUUGAAUUGGUACUCGAAAACGCCCACUUGCAAGAAGAAGCAAAAAGCCAUAGAAGCGGAACUGGCCAAGCUGGAGGAAGCAAACGAGAAAAGAAAAAAGGGAAAGAAGAAGUAAAAGUUUAUAGUUGUAUUGUAGUAAUGCAAAGGUAAAAUCUCGUAUUCCCAAGGAAGCUUAACUGAAUUAUCCGGAGAUCAUUUCUGUGAAAUGUUUAUGUAAUUGUAAAAAUAGCGUUUCGCUUGUACUUUGUACCAUUAAAGGGGACGAUAAAGCUUCGUUGCACAUACGUCGUUGGUCGUUGUUUAUAUUAUAAUGAUUGGUAUUAUGAGUGGCUUACAUUGCAUUUUAACGCGACUCAUUAAAGGUCAGUGCAAAGGAGAUAUCAUUUACGUACAUAAUUUUUUACACGAAGCACAAGAUAAACAACCGUCGAGAGAAAGUCAUCUUUGAUGUCAUAUUAUAAAUAGAUCUAGUAUUGUGUAUAAAAUUAUAACUCUGUUAUUGAAUUUACAUAACGAUAGUAAGGAAAAACAAACGAAGGAAACAUUA